CUAUAAAGUCUGUGGUAGUGGAGGGAUCUACCAGUGAUCCCAGGAGCAGUUCUGAGAUUCACAGGUUGACUUGAUAGCCCUGCUUCACAGCCUCUGAGGCGCUCCUAGAAUAUAAAAGGAUAAAAGACCUUUAUCAGUGAAAGACCUUUUUGGCUUGAAGCAGUAAAAGAAGUCAACAGAUUCAAAUAGAAAUCUGGUGCCCAAGGCUGAUCGGAACAUUUACACUAAAGAGGUAGUGAGUGAUUCCUCAUAGGUCAAUAGGCUGCUGAAACUAGCAAUUUUACACCAUCUCCUCAUAGCAUGGAAACAAGCAAAGCUGGAACAGUCAGGAAUGAAAAAGUUGUGAACUGCUUAUACCAAAACCCUGACGCGCUUUUUAGACUGAUUUGCUUUCCCUGGUCAGGAGGCGGCUCAGUUUAUUUUGCCAAUUGGGGGCAAAAAAUUCAUAAUUCGGUGGAAGUGCAUGCCAUAAGACUUGCAGGAAGAGAAUCUCGACUUGACGAACCUUUUGCAAAUGACAUGAACCAGGUACUUGAUGAAAUUGUUUGUGCUUUGCUGCCAAUUCUCCAGGAUAAACCAUUUGCGUUUUUUGGCCACAGUCUUGGAUCCUAUAUUUCUUUUAUGACUGCAUUAUACCUAAAAGAAAAAUACAAGCUACAACCAGUACAUCUCUUUGUGUCAAGUGCAGUUCCUCCUCAUCUAAAGGCCCUGAAUGACAAUAAGGAAGGUAAAAUAUUAACAGAAGAACAAAUAUACCAAUACCUUCAAGAUUCUGGAGGCACUCCCAAGUAUAUUCUUGAAGACAAGGAACUUCUCCAGCAGUAUAUGCCCAAACUGACGGCAGAUGCGCACUUGCUUGCUAAUUACACCUUUGAUAUUUCCUCUGAGGCUGUCCUUUCUUGUGACAUAACAUGCUUUACUGGCUCUGAAGAUAAAGUAAAUUAUAUCAAAGCCUGGAAAGAUCUAACAAGCGGAAGUUUUCAUAGUCAUGUCCUUCCAGGAAAUCACUUCUACCUUAUGGAUUCUGCCAAUGAGACCUUCAUCAAGAAUUUCAUAACCAAGUGUUUAGAAUUGUGGAUGCUUGUCAAUUCUUAGAUAUCUUUUCCUUCUUAAAAUAAUCAGUCAAUAUGUGAUACUCUGCAUAAUUUUUCACAAGUAUCUCAUUGGUUCUAUUCAAAAAUUGAAAAAUUAUAGUUUCUGUUGUCAGGAUGAUUUGUUACACAUAAGUGUGUUUCUCUACCAUUUAUGGAUCUGGGGACAAAAGAUAAAUGGGUGAAAGCUACUUCUGGCAGGGUCUUUAAUCUUCAUAUCACAAUCUUAUUUGAGUCUAGUCUGUUGGAAGUUUGUUCCCAAACAUCUGCUUAGCAAAUUAUCUUUUCCCUUAAGUCCUUUUUAAUAGAGAAAAUGAUAAGAGAAGGGAGGUGCCUGACAUUAUUGUUUAGUCAAUACACUGUGAUUUAAAGUUUGAUCAAAUCUUUUGAAAUGUAGGGUCAUUCUGUUAGUAAGAAAAUGUGACCUAGUGCUUUGUUCAGAUAAGAUAGUUGUGAGCCACUGUUGUUACCUGCGCUGGCCAAUGAAUGCCUGAGAGCUCCGGCUGUCCCCUAGGGUCCUGGCUAACAUCAACUGCCUGGUGGCUCUUUGUCAGCCUGCUUCUAACCAAAGUCUGCAGUCUGGCCCUGGCCUGUGCAGUGGUCAGGGGUAAGCAUUAUGCCUGACACAUUGUCUCGACUUCACUCUGACACAGUAUGAUAGGGACAAAACAGACUAGCUGGAAAACAUACAAGAACUGAAAGGGAAAAAAAGCAGAUGAGUUGAGAUGGGAUGAGUUGAGUCGGGAUGAGUUGAGUCAUAGUAAUGAAGAACACUACAAAGAGGAUUCACAGAGCCUACCGAUGGGAAUGAAGUGGAACCAUGUCUUUGGGGUUUUGUGGAUCCUGCAAUCUCAUGUAAUUCCCAAACUGUGUUUGUCUCUUGAAAUCUUGAUGGCUCAAUCACUGAUUUCCUUGUUUCCUAUGGGUCUUCACAAUAAACUCCAUGAUUUGAUGUAACUGAUGUUUCCUACAGCUUAAAUUG